UUUUGUUAACUUUCAUUUCGAAAGAGAAAAAAAAACUCGGGGAGGGAACAAGUGUUAACUAGUAGACCAUCCACCGACGAGGUUAUAUCACAUGUCCUACGCGUGGCAUGAACUAGGCCAUCGUGUCCUUCGAGCAAACCGCCACCUUCUCUUCUUGCACCAUAUAACCUGCACAAACGCAACCAAAAGGAUCAUCACAAGGCAAAAACAAAGAAGAUUUCAGUUACCAUCCUAACUAUGGCAGCCAUUAUCAUUGCCAAAAACGCUAUGCUCAAUCUCUCAAAAGCCUUGAUCCCUCAGCCCCCCUCUCUCUUCCCCAACUCCACGCCUAAAGUCUCACGGGUCUGCUUCACUACCUAUGCCUCCAAAUAUAACGAGGGACGGUAUGCAGCGGAGGAGGAUGAAGACCGAGCGUCAGGAUUUUCUGAGAGAGCGAAAGAAACUGCAAAUGAAACAAUUGACAGGACCAAAGAGCGUGCGGAGAAGGCGAAAGAACGUUCUAAGGAAAUGAAAGAGAAGGUAAAGGGAAAUGCAGAGGAAAUGAAGGAGAAGGCGAAAGGGUAUGCACACGAGACAAAGGAGAGUGCCAAAGGCACGGCGCAGUCUGCCGCUGAGAAGGUUAAGGAAGGGACAUACAAGGCAGCGGAGACGGUAGAGAGAACGAAAGAAGGAGCGAAAGAUUAUGCAUAUGUUGCAAAAGAGAAGGCUAAAGACGGGACAGAGAGCGUGGCGGAUACUGCACGUGAUGUGAAAGAGAAGGCAAAAGACUAUGCGGGAGCGGCAGGGGAGAAGGCAAAGGACGGGACUCAUAAAAUAGCUGAGACGGUGGAGAGUGUGGGAGAGAAGGCGAAACAGACAGUGAAGGGAGCAUUGGAUGCUGCGAAGGAAACUACACAGAAGAUUAAAGAGACUGUGGUGGGGAAAGAUGAUCAUCACGAUGAUGAUGAUUAUAGGAGGGAGAAGAUCGAUGAAGAUGUUGUGAAGUACAAGAGGUGAGCUGCUGCUGGAGAGAAUUGAUGAGGAUGUGAAGAAGAAGAAGAAGAAGAAGAAGAAGAAGAAAUACCGAGGGAGUGAGGUGUGCUAGAGCAUUUGGUUGUGUUCUUGACGGUGAUAAAAAUAAGUUAGUUUAAUUACAAUCGUAAUUGGGUUUUAUGUGGCCCGUAAUUUAGUUAAUUUUUGCUACUUUGAUAUUAACAACAGUGUACUGCUCCGACCCAAAAAAAAAUAAAAAAUAAAUAAAUAAAGCAAUUUGCAUCA